AUCAGUUCAGUUGGGUAUUGUAGCUCUACUUUGCAUGCAAGUUCGAUCACAUAGCUGGAUAACAUGUACGGAUUACACAAAAAAGAACGAUUACAUGUACGAUGUUGAAAAAUGCCGGGGAUGGCCUAGAGCUGCGAAUAAGAAUCUUCUAAAAACGAAAGUCUUUGCACAAGAUACAGGAUUUGACAAGAAGCCGUCCGAGAGCAAUCCUUGUCAAGCUUCAAGAAACGAUGAUGCAAAUUAUGAUGCAGGUCAUCCAAUGGCGGUAUAUUAUCCCGGACAACAAGUAGUUUUAGCACAUCCUAUGAAAAAUCACGGAGCUGACACAUGCACUAAUAUCUACAUACCAGACAAUGGAAAUUAUAUCUAUCGCGGAUCCAGGAAUAGCGAUGAUGAUCCUCCAUUUAGUGAAUUUAAAAGAAAUCUGGUUUUUAAUCUUGGGGUGUCGUCAUUCGGACAACAAAAUACAAACCCAAGCGAAUAUCCAAAGCCAGGAUUUCAAAAUGCCCCGGCAUUCUGCGACAAGGCUGUUGCAACCACGGACUCGGCGCUAGGGACCUAUAGUUUUAACGUUCCCAGCCUUAGCCCAGGUCGUUACACGUUCAUAUGGGUGUGGGCAUUCAACAGUCCAGAGGAUCUAUACAGCACGUGCUUUGAAGUUGAAAUUGUGCGAAAUAAAAAUGAGCGGAAUAAGAAGCUGCGGGAUAACGGUAUUUACGACUUUAGUGAAUCAUGUGGGGGAAUGACGUCCAAUCCCUCAAUUCAAGGCAAUUGUAAUGAUGGUGAAGAUGAUGAGGAUACAAGCACAACGAACUGCCCCACCUGCGGAACUAUCAUUAAGAAACCAGUCAAUUUACUAUUGUUGCUUUUAGCAAUGGCGUUGCUUUCGAACUUUGUCGGGUAGUUGGCCCCUGAAAGAUUUAUUGUUGAUUAGUGAUGCAAGUCUUCAAAACCAGUUUUUUUUUAAUAUAUACAAUUCCUUUUCGCGUGAGCCGCUG